UCAUAUUUACUGAAAGGCGACUCCCACCCUUCCCCUCCUCCCUCACUGGCCCACACUCUCAUAUUUGUAUUUCCUACCCUUGCACACUCACACUUUGACAUUAACACAUUUCAACCACUCUCCUGCAAAGACACCACUUCUGACUCUACUUAUUAUCUUAAAUACCAAACACACACAUGCACACACACAUGCUCACCACACACUAAUGUGUGUGUUUUUGGCCAAUGGUUUUCCAAUGAAGCGUUUCUUAGGGCUGUUGUUGGAGCGACUGGUGUUUGUGUCUAAGAACCUCAAACUGAGUCAAUGCAGAAAACAGAAGAAGAAGAAUCUCCAAACCAGGAAAACCAAACCAUUGGUGAUUCUGACGGUUUACCUCAAUGACACCCAGCAGAUGCUAACUGAGGUCCCAGUUACUCCGGCAACCAGAGUGAUUGACGUUGUCGAAUACUGCAAAGAAGCCGGAGAGGGGGAGUGUCACUUAGCUGAAGUAUGGAAUGGGCAUGAGCGCGUUCUCCCUCAGGAGGUGUUAUUGUUGGAUCUCCUCCAGCAGUGGGGAGCCAGGAGGCCGGAGGUCAGCUUCUACCUCAGACACUGCCCCUCCUGGACACAAGGAAGUCUACAGCCUUUGGAGCAGAGCUGGACAACAGAAGCAACAGAAAGUGCUAAUGACAGGGUUCCCCGUGUGGACCUGACUCUCUCUGAGCUCCAGGAAAUGGCCACUAGACAACAGCAACAAAUAGAGGCUCAGCAACAGAUGCUGGUCGCCAAGGAGCAGAGACUAAGGUACCUUCACCAAGGAGGCAGAUCUAACCAGGGACAGACGCAGUCUGAAGCUGAGAAGCUGCAGCGGCUGAAGGAGCGAGUGGAGACUCAGGAAGCCAAGCUGAAGAAGAUCCGAGCCAUGAGAGGACAAGUCGACUACAGCAAACUGAUCAACGGAAACCUCUCUGCAGAGAUUGACCAUGUCAGCAGCCUGUUCCAGGAGAAGCAGGCAGAACUGCAGUCUGCAGUGGUCAGAGUUGACCAGUUGACCCAGCAGCUGGAGGAUUUGAAGAGAGGACGCCUUCAGCUACACCCUGUUGCAACAGCUCAGGUGGCACAAUCUGGUUCUCAGGGGGCACCCCCCAGCCAGAAAGGAUCACCCCUGUCUGGUCCUGCGGCCCUGGAACUGAGGAAACUCUACCAGGAGCUGCAGGCUCGUAACCGUCAUAACCUGGAGCAGAGCAGCAAGUUGGCUCAGAACAAGGAGCUGCUGAACAAGAGGAACGCCCAGGUGACGGUGAUGGAUCAACGCAUCGGAGACCUGAGAGAACGACUGCAUAAGAAGAGAGCAGAAGUACACAACUUUACUAAAGCUUCCCAAUUGAGUCGUAUGAAUGGAGCAGGCCUGUCCUCGCCUCAGACCUUGUCCCACCCAGGUGGUGGAGUUUCUGGGCGAGUAGCGGCUGUCUGUCCUUACAUCCAGGUUCCAGCUGAGGGGAGACAGGAGGCGGGGUACCCCCUGUCAGCUGACCCACCGCCCAAACCCACCCCGCUCAGCCACAUCCGCUCCCUCUCAGAGGAGGACAGGAGUGGCAUCCGGAAGCCGCCAAGCCAAUGGAAAGUUACAGAUUUAGACAUCAUCCUGUCAGAGCCCACUGAGAUGUGGGAGGGACCUCGGUCCCCUCAGGGGGGCGACAGUAACAACACUAAUGAAGCGACGUGGCCUAGCAUCAGUAAGAGUGUGUCAGAUUGGAGGACCAACAGUCCAGAACAGCUUCCCUCUGGUUAUGGUACGUACCCCAGUGCCACCCAUCAGGCAGCAGGGCAUCACAAUGCUACCAGCUCCCUGCCCCGUUCUGCCCCUGGUACACUAGGCUGGCCCCGAUCCACUGCUGUAAAUGCCACUUCAUUGUCUUCUUCAUCAUCUUCCUCUUCACAACAAAUACAGCAACGAAUCUCCGUUCCUCCAAAUUCAAGCCAAGGCUCAGCCAACCAGCCAUCUCCCUUGUCCCCACAAACAGAGCGAACAGAUCCCCCUCCAGCAGUGGCUGUACGUCCCUACGUUCCGGACCACCCCUCCAGGCCCCAGUCUCCCAGGAAGGGCCCCGCCACCAUGAACAGCAGCUCCAUCUACAACAUGUAUCUCCAGCAGCCUCAGGCCAAAAACUAUGGAUCUCUGAGCAACAGGACUACUGUCAAAGCAGUCUAUGGUAAACCCAUCCUCCCCACCUCCUCCACUUCUCCAUCCCCUGUCCCUUUUCUCCAGGUAGUAGGAGGAGGAGGAGUAAAAGCAGGAGGAGAAGAUGUUACAGAUAAAGAAGGAGGGAAAGGAGGAGGGGACAUCAAUGAUGGACAAAUCCUCCCACCUCCCACUGUCGACAACAUCCCUCGCCCUCUUAGUCCCACAAAGCUCACCCCAGUCGCCCACUCCCAGCUACGUUACCAGAGUGAUGCUGACCUGGAGAUUCUCCGCCGACGUCUCAGCAACGCACCACGGCCCCUGAAAAAACGGAGCUCAAUCACAGAGCCUGAGGGCCCACAGGGGCCGAACAUCCAAAAACUACUGUACCAGAGGUUCAACACGUUGGCGGGAGGCAUGGAAGGAGUCUCAGGCAAUACUUUUUACCAGCCUGACUGCCUUUUGGGUGAAAUGGACAACAUCCAUUCAGCAAAUGGGAAUGUAGAACCUUGUGACAAGCACAUCAGUAUGACAACCAAGGAAGGCGAAGUUCAAAACCUGAACUCGGGCUCCCGUCGAUUGUACGCUCCUUCUGGUGCUGUAGAAACACCCAAAGAGACGACUGCAAAAGCAGAAACCACCAAUAAUGUGUCUCCACUGACCCGAACCAGUCCACCACUGGCACCUGAUAAGCCAGAGGACCAGAACAAUAACAACCAGAGAGGAUCUAGUCCUGCACACAACUCUGUAGGCCACGCCUCCCCUUCACCAUCAGCCCCUGCCCCCCCUUCACUGCCUAAGGUGAAGCGGACCAACCUGAAGAAGCCUUCAUCAGAGCGAACAGGCCAUGGUCUGAGAGUGAAGUUUAACCCUCUAGCUCUGCUGCUGGAUGCAUCACUAGAGGGAGAGUUUGAUCUGGUGCAGAGGAUUAUAUAUGAGGUGGAAAAUCCCAGUAUGCCUAACGAUGAAGGCAUAACUCCUCUUCAUAACGCUGUCUGCGCCGGCCAUCACCAUAUUGUGAAGUUCCUGCUGGACUUUGGAGUCAAUGUAAACGCAGCCGACAGUGACGGAUGGACUCCUCUGCACUGUGCAGCUUCAUGUAACAGCGUCCACCUCUGUAAGAUGCUGGUGGAGUCGGGGGCCGCCAUUUUCGCCACAACAAUUAGCGACGUGGAAACUGCGGCAGACAAAUGUGAAGAAAUGGAGGAGGGCUACACACAGUGUUCUCAGUUCCUCUAUGGUGUCCAAGAAAAGUUGGGCGUGAUGAACAAAGGCUUGGUCUACACUCUCUGGGACUACACGGCCCAGCAAGCCGAUGAGCUGUCGUUCAGCGAGGGUGACGCCCUCACCGUGCUUCGUCGGCGUGACGACACUGAGACAGAGUGGUGGUGGGCACGGCUUAACGACCGCGAGGGAUAUAUACCUAGAAACCUACUGGGGCUGUAUCCAAGAAUCAAACCCAGACAACGCUCACUGGCAUAAAGCCCAGAUCAGGAGCCACAUGCACGCUCGCAGAGGGCGCAUGCACACAGAGAAGAAGAGGCAGCAGCAUGUGGGCGCAAGCAAUAGCCAAGAAAGAAACAAACAAGUGAUGGAGGUAGUCAGGAGGCAGAAAGAAGGAAACAAAGACGUUUGUUUGGAUGUGAUGCUGGAACCACAGGGCCACUUUAUGGUAGAAUCUUUCUAUAUUUUCACUGAGUUGCUGCAAUUAA